UCAUGUGGCCCAGGAUUUUUUUUUUCUUCUCUGUUCUCUGUUGUGGAUUUGUGAAUGGAAUGAUGGACAGAGAGUGAAAUCAUGGAAUCUUCCAAGAUCUUCAUGAGAAAACUGCCCAUCACACCAGGCUACAGUGGUUUUAUACCGUACCUCAGCUGCCAGGGAACCUCCACCGAGGAUGACACUGUCCACUGUCUGAAAACCUUCCAGGAGAACACCCAGCGCUAUAAAGACCAGCUGGAGGAGUUUCGCUGUGCUGUGGCCACUGCCCCCAAACUGAAGCCCGUCAACUCCGAGGAGACGGUCCUGCGGGCGCUGCAUGAGUACUACCGCCAGCACCACCCCACCAGCCUGGAAUGCAAAAACAUAAGGAAACCUCUCCAGGAGCCCCCGAUCCCAGGCUGGGCGGGCUACUUGCCCAGAGCCAGGGUCUCUGAAUUGGGCUGUGCUACGAGGUACACUGUCAUGGCCAAACACUGCUAUGAGGAGUUCCUGGACCUCACGGAGCGGGCCAGGAGAGCACGUCUGAAACCAUAUGAGGAAAUGUAUGGAGUUAGUGCCACACAACCUUCUGCUGCUUCUCCACAAGUUUCGCAGCAAGAAGGGCUGCUGCCAAAACAUCCCGAGCUCACUAGUCUAGGUAGGAGCUGCCCUGGUCUUGAAAGACCCCUGAGAGAGGACUCGAGAGCUCCAGUGAUGUGUGGCUGUGCUCAGAUGCCAAAUCUGUCUGCAAUGGGAAGAAUAAUGUAGAGCCACUGUCCUCUGCAAAGAAUACAGAAAGCUAGAAGCAUAGAAUCUUCCAAGGAGUGGUGAACCUCAAGGGAGACUCAAAACCUGCCAUGCUCAUAUCGGAUUCAGUCCCUCAGCCGCAUCUCAAUGGGUGACAAGGAAACUUAAUAACAAGA